UAAAAUACAUAUGAUGUCAACAACAAUAAAAUUUUACUCUUUAUUUGUUAUUGUUUUUCAAAAUUAAAGUUAAUUAACAAAAAUGAGUGUUAAUGAACCAACUUGUAAAUUUGUCUUACUUACAUAACCUAUUUUUUCUUGUUAUGACAAAAUAGAGUACUGCUGGGUUACCUUAAUGGAAAUUUUUAUUACAGCAGAGUGAGCAGAAUGUAAAGUAAUAGUGUUUAUACUCACAAUUGAAGAGUUUAGGCUCAAAACAUUCGCAUUUAGUAAUGGAGGAGUAUGAGUUGAUGAAAGAUUCUAAAUAUCGAAUGUAUGUAGCAGCUGUGGAUAAGGCACUCAAAAACUUUGAAUCCACAUUUGAAUGGGCGGACUUAAUUUCAUCUUUAGGAAAACUAAAUAAGGUUCUUCUGAGUUAUACAAAAUUUCCCGUUAUCCCUAGAAGGAUAAAAAUUAGCAAAAGAUUGGCUCAAUGUAUGCAUCCAAAUUUACCAUCUGGAGUUCAUUUACGAGCUCUGGAGACUUACGAUAUUAUCUUUAAAUGUAUGGGUACUAACCGUUUAUCGCACGAAUUAUUUAUUUAUAGCGCAGGACUAUUUCCGCUCCUUGGAAAUGCUGCAAUGACAGUCCGGCCUAUUUUACUACAGUUGUAUGAAACACACUUUGUUCCACUGCGAGCAAGAUUGAGACCUGCUCUAAGCGGCUUCCUGAGUGGUGUUUUACCAGGACUUGAAACCGGUUCUGACCAUUUUGAUAGGACAAAUGCUCUUCUCGAAGCUGUUUGUGAUGGUGUGGGUCCUGCCUGGUUUUAUACAUGUAUUUGGCAGUGUGUCAAAAGCAAUGGCCCUAUUCGUUUACCGGCCAUUACUUAUGUGUUAAGUCAUUACAGCAGGAAGAUUUCAAUGGAAGAUCAGUUGUUCUUAAUAGGGAAUGAUAUAGACAUUAUGGUAUCUGGUUUAUGUGCUGGAGUACAAGACUCGAGCAUAUUGGUACAAAGAUCAGCUCUUGACCUUCUUAUGGUCUGCUUCCCUAUGCACAAUACCCAACUGUUAUACACAGAUAUGAUUCGUUUAGUUACUGCAAGUUUAUCGACAAUUCUGCGGAGAGACAUGUCAUUAAAUAGACGAUUAUAUUCUUGGUUGUUGGGAGCCGAAGUCAAUGUUAAUUUAUUACACGCAGACCAUCCUUUAAUAAAAAGAAUUAAUAGCUUGCCCGAAUCUCAGAGUCAUACUGCAGCAUAUUUUGAGCUCUACUCGUACGACAUUCUGGCAGAGGCAAUUCGAGUCACCUUAAUUCAAAGCAGUAGUGAAGUACCAUCUGAUAUAAAACCGUAUCGUCUUUUGACGUCAUUGUUUGAUAAACCUCAAAUUGGACCUGUCAUAGUGGAUUGUGUUUUAUUUGAAGUUUUUAGAGCGUUAUAUUUAACAUGUUUGAAUCAGCAAAGACAAAAAGGGAGCAUAUUACGCUGUGUCUCUUUUAAUGGCGAUAUUAGUAGUUUAAAAACCAGCGACGACGCAUUAGAUAAGCAGUUUGUGAGAAAAAACUGCUCUGAAUUGAUCAAAAAUGCAAAUUUAUUGUUUAAUACUUUGGAAUCGUAUUAUAUUUGGCUUUAUGUUGGAAAACUGUUUGAAGAUGCUAUAUCGUUAAUUAAAGUAAAAAGAAAAGUAGUUAGAGACCAUUGCCAAGUGAACGAAAUCGGAUCUGGUCCGCCAAAUUUAUUGGAGGUUUGCAUUUUAGCACAAUUUUUGCUUGACAUUAUACAUUUAGAAACGUACACAGAAAGUUCCUCCGAAAUUCUUCCGACGCUCUUUACAAAAGUUAUAUCAACUGCCCACGACAACAUCGCAUUAUUAAAUAAAUAUGAAAUUGCAAAAAGUAUGGAACUAUGUACAAAAGUCUUAACCAAAAUUCAACCUGUUACCGCGAACACAUUGAAGAACGAUUAUGAACAGUCUAUCGAUACAAUCGACCACACAAACAAGAAAUAUAUGGUAACACUUCAUCCAGAAGCGCCUGAUGUAGAAUCUGGCAUUGAGAAUAAAGAUAUAAAGGUGGGUCUCGAGAAAAGUAAAUCGGACUCAAAAAUUAACGAGACCUUAAAUAAAAACGAACUUACUGUGGACGUUGGGCAUAGAGAAAGGUCUAAUAGUAAUCAAAUGAUCAAGAAAUUUAGAGUAAGUCCAAAAGUUGAAAAAAAAUCUAAAAGUAAAAAGUCCAAGUCCAGUUCUAAGUUAAACGAUUUAAGUACAACUCAACAAGAUGUUCCGCAUAACACUAACGAUGAAUCCAAAUUCUUGUUGGAAGCGCACGAACAUUUUUCCUAUAAUAUUACAAGAACUGAAAAUAAGCAUAUAGUAAAAUGUCUGAAAUUAUAUAAACAAUUUUAUAUACAGUUUUUGGCAUGCAAAAUUAUGCCUGGUGUUAAUUUUGAUGAUUUUUUUUCACAACUUGUCCAAGAUAAAAUGAAGAGGGUACACGAUUUAGAAAAUUUGCUUAAUAAAUGCUUAUCUUCUUCCAAUGAAUCCGAAGGGCAAACAUGUAACUUAUCCAAAGCCUCACCGAUUGUCGCGAGUGAUAGUAAAAUUUGCGAAUAUGAAAGUUCCAUGACGUUAUCGUCUAAUAUACUGCUCGAGUUUUCUACAUUUCCAAAUCUGGUCGACCAUUGCGACUAUGAAGACAAAAUUCCUACAUGGUUAAAGGCUCUUAUAGUUUGUGCAUGUUUCGCACAAGUAUCAACCGAAGAUAUUCAAAUUAUAGCUGUGAAUACACUAUUGGAAUUAAUAAGCCUUGCUAAAAGUCAAUAUAUCCAGUCUCGUCAGAAUGGAAACGAUAACAAAAAUAUUAACAUAGUACAUAUGGGAUUGUUAAACAAUGGUCACGUCCAAUUUAUUGAAGAUGCUACAUAUAUUAUUGAGAUAAUGUCUCAAUUGUUGUGGGAUUUAAUUGGAACUUUUCGUAAUCAAGAUAAGGUAAUGACUUGUGCCACCUUAUUGUAUCACAUACAUAACAUAUUUUACACCAAAUCUUAUGUGGAAGACGUAAUUGCGAGUUAUUUAGUAAAUGACACUCUUACUGUUGAUUUUUUAAAAAGGUUUAUGUUAUUAUGGUGCUCGGGAAGAGAGCUAGAUGUCAAAAUUCCAACAAACCAAAACAGUAUUCGAAACUUUGAUAGGUCAUUAUUAAAAGUUUUUGACAAUUUUCAUCAUCAGCAGAAGCAUAAUUUGAGGUUGUUAUCGGAAUCUUUUCUAACGCAUUGCUUACUUCGCAAUGAUAUAGCAAGAAUUAUGAAUCCGUUUUUUAAUAUUCUUCUGAUGCCUAGUACUGCACGUAUUUCUAUUCGCCACAUAAAUAUUAGUAAAGAAGAUUUGAAUGAAGCCGCCACUUCUCAAAAAACUGCCAAUGUGGAUAACUGGACUAAGGCAUACGCUAUAAGCCACAUUAACGGAGAAAUCAAAUUUCACAUUUCCGAAGAUUCCGCAUUAAAACCCAUAAAAAGAAAAAGUUUCUUGUUUUCUAAAGCUGGAAAAAAGAGCACCAAUGUUAUUGAUAUGACGACAAGUAUUACGGAAAACUCGAGUGUUGUAACAAAGAAAAAUGAAGAUUUUAAAAACUUGGAAAAUAGGAAAAUUGCCGAUGUAGACAGUAAGUCCAGCAUGCAACUGUUUGUUAAUCCUUUGAACUCGAAGGAAAUUUAUCCAUAUGGAAUCACAGGUUCAUACAGCAAAUUUGAAAUUAGCGAUGACCCCAAUGUCGCUAAUUCAGAACCUUCUUCUACAGAAAGUUUAUCGGAGUUGACACAAAACAGCGGAGAGCUCUUGAUAAAAUCUUUAAAAUAUUCUAACACUUUAGAUCGUGAUUCCAGUUGUGAUUUGCAAAAUAAUUCGUUACCUCUAUACAAAAGUGAAGGUGUAGAACAGAGUAAAGUGAAUAAUGUUCAAAAACAUACAGCUGAUGGCAUUAGUGACAAACAAACGGAUUUAUUAAAAAUGAGAAAGUCUCGAAGUUUUGAUGAAACAAAUGAUAAAAAAUUAGAAGACAUUGAAAAUAAUCUUGUCCACAGUUGGUCGUACUGUCUAUCAGACUCGGAGCGACUAAAUUGUGAAAUGGAACUCAGCACAACGGCUGAAGAAUUUUUUCAUGGUGGAGAUCACGCUAUUAUAUCAGAGUUGGUAAACGACAUUAUUACUAAUGUUUGUCUAGCCGACGGUGGUGUUGAUGAGCAAACAAAUGUAAGUGGGAAACAAGACGCAAAACAUUUUUCGGUCUAUCCAAUACACUAUCAUGUAUGUCUGUACUACAAUGUAUACGAUUCGAAUGUGAUAUUAUAUGCAUUACAAACCCUAAAGAAUUGUAUUGAAACAAAUCCUCAACUGUUUGUUCAAUGUCUCGCAACAACUGGAUUGCAAAAUUUGAAACAUAACGAUACGUUACUUCUGCUGGCUAGACAUCGUAAAUCUCUGCUUGGUGGCGGAUUUAUAGGAGAAGUUGGUCAAGAGCACAUUAAUUUUUAUAGAGGAUACAUGUUUUUGGAUAUUGUAAUCCUGAUUUGUUUAAAUUAUGCGAAAACAUUUUAUCCACAUCUUGAGAGUUCACAUUUAACACAAGAAGAAAUUGAAAAGAAUUUGAGAGUUCAGUUAGUAAGCCUUGAAGUAUUGGAUAUCAUUAUUCGAAGUAUUAUCAAUAAUGUUAAUGAAAAUUCGAAGGGCUUUUCGAGUUAUAUUGCCGAUAUGCUCAUGAAAUGUAAAUUACAAGAGGAUUUACUUCACUGUUUAUUAACUUCCGUCAGAAACUUUGACGAAGAUAUGUCAUUCGCGGAGGAGAUUUUACAAUUUAACAGCUUCCAGCUAUACGAUUCUCAUCACAGAGUAUCCGAAAAUGUUGAAGUUUUUCAAAUUCAAUUGCUCAGAUUAAUUCAGUCUCUUAUAAUACUGGAACAUCGUGUAUUCCCGAAACAAGAUACAAAUAACAGCACGUUGCAGCAAACGGUCCCUACAUCUGUAGGCAAACAGUUGACCUACACGCCGACCAUUUUAAUACCCGAACAGCAGAUGUUUUUGUCAGCCAUUAUGAGUGCCCUUCGUCACCAAAAUAUGAAAUACUUGCACGAAAGCUGGUGCAAUAUGGUGACGACUUGUUUGCCAUAUUUUGGUCAAAAUUUGAAACAAAUUACCAUUAGUAUAAUACAUCAACUUUGCAAUAACAUAGAAAAAAUUGCGGAUACAUACAAAAACGUAGAGUUAAUGGGGGAAUUUUGUGUCGAUUACGCAAUUACACAGAUAAAUUCGUUGACAAUUUUGUGUCAUUAUUGCUUAGUGGAUUCAACUCAGUGUUCAUCUCAACCAGGCGGAAGCACACCUAGUACCCCGAUUGCCAAUCCUACAGAAAUUCUGAACAAUUUAGUCAGCGUUUUUUUUACGGGCACCGGUGAAUUUAAUCAUGCUAACAAGCAAAACUCAAACUUCUAUCAGACAGCUAGAAAAACUGUGCUAAGCCACAUGCCGCGUAUUGUUUCUAGUAUUGCGAAAAUUUGGCAAACUAUUAUUUCAAUUGAAGGUGAAUUUAGCGCGGUAUACGGGAAUUCGAAAAUUGUUAAGCAGCAGUUGCUAGAGUUUCUGAGUCCAAUUUCUAUACAUCACGGAGCAAAUUUUUUAGCAGCCAUUGCGGUUGCUUGGCAUGAACGCAGAAAUCCUUUUAUUUCGCUGAAAGCUAUAUUACCGGAAGCCAAUUCGGCGCAGAAUAAUUUAGUAUACUUAAUAUCUGCCAUAAGAGUAAUUCCUUUAGAUAAUUUGGUACAGACCGUUACUGCUGUGAUUCGUAAUCCGCCUCCCAUUGAAGGUCUUAAUAGCGAGAUUUGUCUUGAUGUUGCGGUUUUAGAAUUAUUUUAUUGUUAUAUGAGAAAUGCAUCUGCAACUCAAUUAUCCGAAGCAUGGAGUUCUUUACUGACCUUGGUUAGGGAAGGUUGUUCUUUAGGCCCUCCUUCGCAAUUUUUAUUGGCCGCUUUACUUCAUGAAUUGAUGAUAAAGUGUUGUCCGUUAGAGGAGAGGAAAGAUCAAAAAGAUUUACAAGACGUCACCGCACGAUUAAUCGAUUGUAUAUCCCAAGUUUGUGGCUCGUGCUUGGAACAGACAACGUGGCUUAGACGAAAUUUAGCAGUUAGGGAGCAAGAAACUGACAGUUCUGCAAAUGUUGUGAAUAAUAUGACCAAUUCUGACGUUUUGGUUACUUCUAAUCACAGCGUACAAGCUCAACUGGUUCUUUCUGAAAUAUUAGCGCCUAUUUUAGAUAUCUGUUUCGGUUCUUCUGAGAAGGACAAAGUAAAUCCCAUUCUUACAUCUUUAAUGUACAAUAUUGUUCCAUAUUUAAAAACGCAUACUUUACGGAACAUGCCCAGUUUUUUAGCUUGCUCCAAACUAUUAGCUAGCUUAAGUAGUUAUCAAUAUACUCGUAAAGCUUGGAAGAAGGAUGUUUUUGAUUUGCUACUUGAUAACUCGUUAUUUCAAAUGGAUCAUUCUUGUUUGAGAUAUUGGAAAAUAAUUGUCGAUAAUUUAAUGACUCACGACAAUACCACCUUUAAGGAUUUAAUGGGUCGCGUGUCGAUGACUCAAACCGGUAGUUUGAAUCUAUUUACUUCUCGAGAACAGGAAUAUGAACAAAAAGCUCAGUUAUUAAAACGGUUAUCUUUCGUAAUUUUUUGUAGUGAACCAGAUCAGUAUGCUAAAUAUAUGCCAGACAUACAAGAACAACUGAACAGCAGUUUGCGUUUAAACGUACCCGGCAUACAAGCCCAGGUAUUUUUAUGCUUUCGAGUUUUGUUACUUCGCAUGACGCCUGUUCAAGUGACUCUCCUUUGGCCUAUUAUAAUUAGUGAAAUGUUACAAGUAUUUUUACAAAUUGAGCAAGAACUUUCAACUGAUACGGAAGAAUUUAGCAGAAACAAUAACAGCUCUCACAUAAAAUUGCUCACGGCGCUUGACGCAAGUUGGACUACAAACAGCAACAAUGGUUUACAUGCGUUGGGACAUCCACAUUGGCUCCGUUUGCAACUUUCAACUGCUAAAUUAUUAGAUUUGGCCUUGCUCUUACCUGCCACAUCACUGCCCCAAUUUCAAAUGUACCGUUGGGCUUUUGUUGGUGAUAGAUUACCUCAUACAACUUCGCUAGCAGCACAAGAAAUGCCUAUUUUUACUCCGCACGUUACAAGAAUAGCGAAUCUCAUGGAUCAAAAAUUUUUGGAUACGCCAAUUGAAACCUUACCCAAUAAGCAAGAUGAACUUCUACUUACUAUGAAUUCGAUAAAGCAACUGAAGGAUUUACAUUGCUUCUUUAAAACGUUAAGCUUGUGUUCUAAUCGUCAUCGAGCAGAAUGUAAUGGAUUUGUGAGCAGUGAUUACAAUUUCCACGAUAAACAAAUGGAUAAGAAAUUCAAUGUUCUUUUGGACAAAAUUAAUAAAGUAAUUGAAAUGGAUUUUUUAGAUCCAAUUCAAAGAUAAAAAUUUCAAUGAUAGCUGUAGAAGUAGGUAGUAUAUAUUUCGUUAAGUUUUUGUAAAUUUGGUGAAAUUGCGUGUCAAUUGAGAAAAUAUAAGGUUGAUAAAAGUAUAUUUUUGUCAGCGAUUAAACAACUGUAAUUAUUUAUGAAUAUACUGUGUAAAAGGCCAAUUUAUAAUUGUGAUUUCAAAUAAUGUGAUUUUAACGUAACUGAAUAUAGAUCGGUGGUAUACUAAUAGGUGUGCGAAAUUGUAAUCGGUUCCUGAUGUUAUUUUGAGAUUCUGUACAUAAAAUGGCUAAUCUCGAAAUAGCAUCUAGCUAGAGUAUGGAUUACUAAUUUAGGAUUUGUUAUAUAAAUUUAAUUGCAGUUUGAAAAUUUAAAUAAGUUUGUGCUUUUUUGUUUUAAUAGUUUGCAACGCUAAUUUUUUUGAUAAGUGAGAGAAUGUGGGGCAUUCCAAGAAUAUUAAAAAUUUUCUGGCUGCAAUAAUAGGAAUCUAAUAUCCUGUAAGUGUGUACAUAUGUGUUUAUAUUAUAAUUACAUGAAUAUGUUUUGCUAAACUGUUUAAAUAAACAUAUAUUUAACUUU